UACCUUUUCUCUGAGUCCCUGGUAGCCUAAAUUAUAAAAUCAUUAAAAUGAUUCUGAGAAAUAUGACUAAAUUGAUACUACUAUUAGCAAGUAUAAUGCAUUCAUCAUCGCCAACUGGUGAUCUCGGACACAUGGGUACUAUACCUUCAAAACACUUUGCUAAUAUAUCUUAUCACACAGAAAAAACAAAUCUCAACGGAUUAGCAUCUAUAUUUUCACCCCGUAUGGACUUCGACCAAUGGAAGCCCCUAACUGGUCGCGGGGAUCCAUUACGGAAUGAUCCUACUUAUGAUUAUGAACCGCCUCUGCUCGAACGUGUUCAUUACUGGGCAGAUGAAACGCGUUUUGAACGUGAACACUACCCCGAAAAGAAGGCCGAAGUCCUCAUGUUAGGAGUAUCAUCACGUAGACCAAGUGUAUCACCACGGCAACCUUCAAUGCCCAGGAGACAUCAAAGACCUCCACUCCCACCACCACCACCACCAAAAUAUGAAGAGUUUACAUAUAAAAUGAGCGAACGAUUACCAAUGACAAUACUUGUGCCACCACCACCUCCGCCAGUCGGUCAUCAAACAUCACUUUAUAUUUUACCAGAAGAUAAAAUACCGACUCCUACAACGCCAAUAAAAUUGACAGAGUCUCCAACUUUGGUAACCAAAGACGUUACGGCUGGUCCAAGCUACGUGACUUCGUCAUACGCUUUACAAGAAGCUAACCUAAUAUAUCAGUCUUCUACAAUUAAUAACAACUGGAUUUCAGACUACAAUCAUACGCAACCUAUUCCAAAUGCUGUAAGCAGUGACUAUGCUGGAUGGGGACCAACAACGCCUACGACUAACAUUGAGAUUGUGAAUGAUACCCAUAACUUAAUAUCUAGUGAAAUUUUAAAUUUAUCUAAGCACCCGUAUUCAUUUUAUAAACCAAUGUUAUCAGAAGCACCCCCACCGCCACAAAUAACAUUGAGUCCAUUACUUCUACCAACAUUUCUCCCAACUGCACCACCGUUAACUGAGGAAACCACCACAUUCAUUGUACCACAACAUUCAACUGACAAAACUACUAUAGAAACAACGACAGAAAGAGAUUACUAUGAGGAUACAACAACUGAAGAACAAACCGCUGUCCCAUUUCAACCAACUACUGUUCCAACUCCUUUAAUAAAAAAACCUGAAAAAGGCUUUUUAGACAUGUUGAGUCCAAUGAUGAGCAUGCCCUUAGUAAAUGGACCUGAUAGGCCAGAGGAUACUCUUUAUGCACAUGCUUCAGAAAAUUUACAAGUUUAUAAAGAACAAAAAGAUGAUGAACAAAUUGAAACAAUGAAAACAAUGCAACCACCUCCAUUAAAUACAUUGAUAGACAGCCCAAUAAUCCCUCAACCAUUCCAUCAUAAUCGGCCGAUAUCUAGUUCUUUUAAAACAUCUAAUACACACAGUUAUGAUCCUUAUUUAAAUAUGCGAUUUACUACUCCAAUGUCUACUGAAAUGACAGUUGACGAUUCAGAAACUAAGGCCACUACGCUAUCGCCUUCUAUUCCCAUGUAUUUAAUUAUUCAAGGUCAUUCAAAAGUAAAAACAUAUAGUUCCCAACCUACAUUCAGAUAUGACAACGACACAAUAAAUAAUGAGAUACCAAAACCAAAUGAAACGAAUGAAGUUAAACAUCUACAUCCCAUUAAAGAAAAGAAAAAAUCUGAGAAAACAACAAAUAGAGUAAGUAGAACGCAAAACUUAAAAGCACUUGUGGAUAAAGGUUACGGUUCAAUUGAAAUUCAAGAGGCUGAUAUCGGUAUUAAAUAUGAUGUAAGUGACGGUAGUGAGGUUCCCAUAGAAGUUUAUAGAAAAGGUAUAGUAGAUAGCGAUGAGAAUGCAUAUUUCUCGUCGAAUAAAAUCGUACAAGAAAAACGCAAUAAACGACAAAUCGACUUAGAUGAUUUGUUGCCAUUUGAUGAAGAUACAAUUGAAGAAUAUGUUUACAAUUUUUUAAAUGGAAAACGAAACACGACUGGUAUAACGGGAUUAAUAGCGCAAGCAGUAACCAGUGAUGUAUCAUCAGUAGUCGAUGAACUCGAAGAUGAUGUUGACAGUGAACAUGACGAUGAAGAGACGUGAGUAAACGCCAGUGAAUACAUAUUAAAUAUAUUUAAUAGGGACAAAAUAUUUAGUACAGUGCCCAAAUUUGUUUGGGUGGCCGAGUUUAUAGUUACCCGAAUAUAAUAUCCAUAUAAUGACUUAAAACUCGUUAUUUGGCAGGAAGUUGAAAAUCAUUAAUCAUAUAAUAUGACUGUAUUUGUUUGAGACAAAUCCUGUUUUUAGUUGAUGGAUACAAAGAAGUAUUUAUAUUUGUAGAAUAAAUUAAACAAUAAAAAAUAUAUUUACGACUGAAAGGCUGUAAGCCUAUUAUAUUACUCUUUAUGUAAAAUAAGUAGAAGUAAUAAAUAACGCUGCAAUAAUACCGGCAGUUUUGUUAUCCUUUGCUUUUCU